CGUGUUGACGUCACCGGUGGGUCCCGCCCUGCUGCCCCGCCCCAGCCCGGCGGGCCUGGACCGCGGAGCCGGGUCUGCAGGCCAGCGGGCGGCUCGCGCCGCAGAGGAGGUUGCCUCUCACUAGGGAUGGUGGAGUUGAAUGGAGACUCCUUCAGUCCUCCUCCAGGAUGAACCACCUGCCAGAAGACAUGGAGCGUGCUCUGACCGGGAGCCAGAGCUCACACGCGUCUCUGCGUGACGUCCAUUCCAUCAACCCCGCGCAGCUCAUGGCUAGGAUUGAGUCCUAUGAAGGAAGGGAGAGGAAGGGGAUCUCUGACGUCAGGAGGACUUUCUGCCUCUUCGUCACCUUUGACCUCUUAUUUGUAACGUUACUGUGGAUAAUAGAGCUAAAUGUGAAUGGAGGCAUCGAGAACACACUGAAGAGGGAAGUGAUUCAUUAUGACUACUACUCUUCUUACUUUGAUAUAUUUCUUCUGGCAGUGUUUCGAUUUAAAGUGCUGAUACUUGGAUAUGCUGUGUGCAGACUACGCCAUUGGUGGGCAAUAGCGUUGACGACAGCAGUGACCAGUGCCUUUUUAUUAGCAAAAGUGAUCCUCUCAAAGCUUUUCUCCCAAGGGGCGUUCGGCUACGUGCUGCCCAUCAUUUCCUUCAUCCUCGCCUGGAUUGAGACCUGGUUCCUGGAUUUCAAAGUGCUGCCUCAAGAGGCAGAAGAAGAAAACAGACUCCUGCUUGUUCAGGAUGCGUCAGAGAGGGCUGUUCUCAUCCCUGCGGGACUUUCUGAUGGUCAGUUUUACUCCCCUCCUGAGUCUGAAGCAGGAUCUGAAGAAGAAGCUGAGGAAAAACAGGACAGCGAGAAACCACUUUUAGAACUAUGAGUUCUGCUCUAUGAAUGUGAAGAACCCUCACUGCAAGCAGUCCAAGGACAGCAGGUGGAGAUGGGGUUCCCUUGACAGUGCAAUGCGGAUCUGCUCACUGCUGUUGUGAUGAGCUCAUGGAUUUAUUUAUGGCGAUACCUCAUGGACAGUGCUCCACCUCCACUCACAUCAUCCCUGCCUGUGACCGCUGGGUCGUGCUGUGCGCCUGCUCUCUUCUGAGUCUCGGUCUGACCUGAUAAUGAAUAACUCAGUCUUGUGCUGCAUCCGAAUCAAAGGACUGCUUAAUAUAUCAAAAUAACGAUUUUGUAGUAAGUGAGAUACCUUUUUAUUUCAAUUCACAGGAUGUAUUUUUUUUUGUUUCAUGUCUCAGAUUUCUUUUGUAUUUCUUUUUUAACUCCUUACAUUUCACUUGUGUUUUUAAACUCAUGCACAUGUGCUCUUUAUACAGUUUUAAAAUAAUAAAUCCAACAUACGAAAUUGA